UGAAACCACUCAUCCUAAAAAAGAACCGCGAAUUUUUUUGUAUAAUAUUAAAAAUUCGACUACACUUUUAUUGAUUUCUUGAUAUCGGUACCGUGGUAAACAAACUGAAAGUUUAAACGGCACCGACGUUUAUUUGUCCUUAGCGCGAAUUAGAUACUGAGUACCAGCAGUGUCGUGCGGUGGUACUUCGGUUAUCGAUUAUAUCAUAAUUUUCCUAUUUAACUUUUAAUUCGUUAAAUAUAAAUCAGUUUAUAGUCAUGACAGAUGGGAAGAUAAUAUGGUUUGCGGGGUUCUUAGUGGCCGCUUUAAGUAACUUAGUGUUUGCAGCAAUACCUCCCUAUAUUAAAGUAUGCAGCAAAAACGACCCAGAAAUAACGAAAUGCAUCAUAAACUCCGUGGAGUCGUUACGAUCGCGUCUUAAAGAUGGAAUUUCGGAAUUAAACGUACCACCAAUAGAACCACUGCUAUUGGAUGAAAUUAAGUUACGAAGUGGACCCGAUCAAGCCAAAAUCGAUGCGAAUAUAACUAAUGCGAGGGUUUGGGGUCCCUCUGGCUUCGAAAUUAUCGACUUAAAGGCAAACAUAAAGAAGAACCGCUACGUGUUUCGAGUAAACGUGCCGAACAUUUACUUCGAGGGAGACUAUGAUAUCGAUAUGAGCGUUCUCAUCCUAAAAUACAAAGGCAAAGGACCGAUUACUGGGAAUUUCACGGACUACAAGUUCGAUUGCGUAAUGAAGGGUGACUUAACGGAGGUGAACGGGAAGCGGCAUUUGCACUUUAGGAAAUUCGGUCUGACGCUUUAUAUCGGUCACAGUGACAUUCACUUAGGGAACCUUUUCGCCGGUCAAAAUCCGACAUUGUCUCAAGCUACCAACGAAGUCGUAAAAGAUAAUGCCGAUCUGUUCGUUAACGAAAUCAAACCGGUGCUGGAAAACUCCUUGGCCCAAAAGUUUACGGACAUCGCUAAUGUUAUUACGCAACGGUUCACUUAUGAGGAACUUUUUCCCGAAAGUUAGGGGUUGCACGUGUGUUUAAAAUGUUGCUGUGAGUGUAUUUAAUUAAGGAAGUUUAGUUUAGUGUUUUUUUUUAAAUAACAUGUAUAAAACACUAACUUUAGCCAACUCUAGGUUUCUAUAAAAGUGUUUUUUUUUAACGUAUUACUGCCUAAAUGCCCUUCUAUUGUGAAUCCGAGGGAACUGUCGAUAAUUAAAAACAUACAUAUUUUUUACAUGAAUACCUAUAAUUACUAAGUAAUGAUUGUUUUACAUUUAUUUGUAUUUUAAUUUUAUUAAAAAAAGGUGCAAAAAAGACAUCUUUCUUUAAUUGCAAAAUAAAAUAUAUCUUACAUAUGAA